AUGGUGAGCUACCGUUUCCUCGUCCAGAAUAUGUUCGGGUUCUUCGUGGGCUGCGAGUUCCUCCACAUCCCACGCACGGAAAAUGAGGCCGCCAACACGCUCGCCAAGAUCGCCUUGUCCCGGCAGUCCAUCCCAUCUGGCGUCUCCCUCGAGCACCUGCACAAGCCGUCCGUCAAGCCGUCUCCGGCCUCCGAGUCCAUCUACGUCCCGGACAACCCGGCCGCACCUCAACCCAGCCCGGGGACUGCCGAUCCCAGCCCGGGGACUGCCAAACCUAGCUCGGGGGCUGCUGAACCCGGCCCGGGGGCUGCAGCCGCCGACCCAGCCGCCGUUGUUCCCAACCCGGCCGCCGCCCUCCCUAACCCGGGGGCUGCCGACCCCGGCUCGGGGGCUGCCGCCCCGGAACCCGCCAUGGUGGCCGCCUUCGCCGUGGUAACGGCACCAUCGUGGGCCCUGCCCAUCUCGGAGUUCCUGGAAAACAGGGUUCUCCCCAUGGACGAGACCGAGGCCCAGCAAGUGCAGCGCUGA